CGUGACUCGCGCGCCCUUCUUUCUUGCAGUGCCCAGUACCUAUCCUCGCGACCCAUGAUCUGUUCAAAGACGUGACUGCGAUACAGCAAGGCACUCUAUUGUCUUGCUCGUGCUUUUGAGCACAUGUAUUUCUUGAUCUCGAUCAAAACUCCAUGAGUAUCGCACUAAGCCAGCGCAGUAUCAAAGUCAUGGAUCCGCAAGUGGCUGCGCAAUUCUGUAGCGAAUCAAGCUCCAGUCGUUACAAGUCAUCAUCAGCGACACUCUCUCGUCUCAGUCAUUUUCCGCGAUUGACGUGGGCUAUUUCUUAUGUGUGCCUAGCCAUUCCUUGCACAUCAGUUCUCACAAAGCCCUCUUGCCGCAUUUUUGUGCCUAUGCAAAAAGGUAUAAAAGCAGGGGAUAUAUCCUUGGAAAACACUAUUCUUCGUUCUCUUAAUUUGUGACAACGAUCUAGCCUCUAAGAAAGCAUUUCAAUCAAGAUGUUCACCAACAU